ACUAGUGAGCUCAUUAAAUAGUUAAGAUACAACUCUCAAGGACAAAGAAAAGGUUAUAAUUUGUCUGUUGAAUAAUUCUCGUUAUGAAAUACUCGUAUAAAGUGUACACCUGUUAGAAUUUAGAGGACAAUAACAUGGAUACGAAUAGACGCUUUGAUCAGUUUCCGGGUUAUAUGUUUGGGAAGUCGAAAAUGAUUCGUAACAAAAACUGGGAAUUGUUAGAAAUACAAGUACUCAAGAAAAUGAUUGACAAUCACUACGAACUUCUUAAUUCGCGCCACACUAAUGCCAUGAUAAAUGCUAGGAAAAAUCUUGUUUGGAAAAGAAUAGCUGAUAGUAUCAAUGCAUUAGGAUUACAUAGACGAACCGUUAGGGAAUUGAAAAUUAAAUGGUCUAACAUGAGAUUAACAGAGAAGAGAAAGUCAUCCGGAAGUCAACACACAACAGGUUCACAAGAUUAUGAUUCCGAACGUACAGAUGAUGUAGUAGAUAUUUCACAAUCGUCGUACGAGUCUGAGAGCCAGCUUAAUUCACCGGUUGAACAAGGGAUAACUCAAAAUCAAGUAGAUGCAAUCGUUUCAAAUGAUGUUACAAGUGAUAAGAGUACUGUGCAACCGCAACAACUUUCCUUAUGUGACUCUAAUAUUAUCCAGAACCAUCAUCUUGGAAAUGCUAAUGAAUCAAACAGACUUCUUUACACCGGGAGGCUGAAUACUGUUGAACCAAGCUUGCCAGUCCAAAAGCAACACUCAGUUAAUAUUGAAAAUGAAAUGUCAACUAGUCAAAUAGCAUCAUGGCCUCUUGCCGAAUAUUCAUCGGAUCAAGUCAGACAGAACACGGGUGAAAGCAAUAUUCUGAAUUCGUCCAAAGACCAUGUUUUGGACUUUAGUCAGGAUAGAAUCUAUUUGCCCGGUGUAGUGAUAAAACCAGAACCAAAUAACUUCCAACAAAUGGCAAAUGUGAAGGACACAGUUAGCUCUGUACGUAGAAUUCCUGAAUUUCAAUCGACUGCCAUACAAACGGACUGGAAAUUAUCUGGUGUUGGAGAUUACGUAUGCCCAUCUUUAUCCGUUUCCGAAAGAGAUAUCUCAGCCAUUAAAUUCGAAAUUUUGAACCUUGAAAAAGCAAAUCUACUUUUGAAAAACGAAAACAUGGAAUUACAAAAUGCCAAGUUAAGAUUGGAAAUAUCUAGACAUCAAAGUGACGUGUAACAUAUAGAGCUAAGAUGCCAUAUAUAAGUACAUGUUUAAAUGCAAAAUCGCCAUGCUCUAUGACAUAUUCCAGAUUAUCCGUUUUAAUUUGUCGUCAUAAGAGUAGAGUCGUGUUUAAAGCUUGGAUAAACUGCAGUAUUUAUAAUUGGUUGCCGUAAGGGAAAGUCAUUGCUCAAUAUGCAACUCCAUAGACAUACUCUUUUCUUAGCAAAUGUAUUAAUAAUACAAUAUAUCGGUUAAUGCCUUUCAUCUCGACAUGAAUUAACAAUGCAUCUAGGUAUUGUCGACGACAAAUGGGUUUAACAGAAAUAUGACAACCAGGAACUGACGUUAAUUCAAGAAAUAUCGUAAAUGGUGAAAAAUGAAUAAUCUUAUGAAAUACCAUUUUACAGUGUAUUUACAAAAAAAUAAUGUUAAUUUAGUCGGAAUGUCUGGUAUAUUAGAUGAUGAUGCGAAAUAAAUAUUAACAAGAAUAAUAUUUGUAUAGUUCGGAGAAAAGUUCUAACAUGUUGUAAAUGACGUGAAAACAUUAAAUACUUUUAUUUCCCCCUGUGGUUUAUCAUGAAUUGUGUCCAAGAACAUAAUUUGCAGGUGGCAAUACACUUUAUUAAAUAGGUAACGAUCUUUCUAUGUCAAACAUAUUGUACUGUGUUGAGAUGGGUAUCUCUCACAUAAACAGAUUUUGUACACUCCACAUCUGAUAUCACUAUUCUAUAAUUAAAUCGUAUAUGAAUAAAUACUAAGUUUCUAAAAUCUACGUAAUUUGUUCUC